UUCAAAUCAUUCCUUCAGUGGAUAGCAUCGCGAUCGGUUCGCUUCGGUUCGGCUUGGUUUUUGGUAUCGCAGUAUCACAGUAUCGCAGUAUCGCAGUAUCGCUUUCCCGAGAUUCAGUGUCGAGUGAGAGUGCCAUGAAGCCUUAGAAACUAAGGAAGUCCCACAAACGAAUACAAACCCCCCAUAAACAGUUUUCCCAAUCGGUGCAAAAUGAGCCAGAGAGGUGACAACGGUCACACGAACAGUGGCUUCAACGGCGGCUCCGAGGUGUCCCUGGACAUCCCCACCAACACCCUGUACCACACCUCCAGGGACUGCAUCGUGCAGGAGGAGCAGGGCGCCAGCGAGAGCUGCUUAGAGGGGACCCAGAGCUGCUGCUCGAGCCUCUGGUCCAACAUCUUCCGGAAGAAGACGCUCUACAAGCGGUUCCCCAUCCUCGUGUGGCUGCCGCAGUACAAGAAGGACUACAUCUUCGGGGACAUAGUGGCCGGGGUGUCCGUGGCCCUGACCGUGAUCCCCCAGGCGCUGGCCUACGCAGGAAUAGCCGGACUGGACCUGCAGUACGGCUUGUACGCCUGCUUCCUCGGCUGCUUCAUCUACAUAUUCAUUGGAUCCAGCAAGGACGUGCCCAUUGGGCCCACGGCCAUUUCGGCCCUGCUGUCCUUCCAAAUCGCAGGAGGCAGCUGGCAGGUGGCCACGCUGCUCACCUUCCUCACAGGACUCAUCGAGAUCCUGAUGGGGGUCUUCCGCCUGGGAUUCCUCAUCGACUUCGUGUCCGGACCUGUGGGAGCGGGCUUCACCAGCGCCGUGUCCCUGAUCAUCUUCAGCUCGCAGAUGAAGGACUUCCUGGGCAUCAAGACCAGCGGAAACACCUUCCUGCAGGUGUGGAUCAGCAUCGUCAACGACAUCCACAACAUCAGCUGGCCGGACUUCAUCCUGGGCCUGAUCUGCAUCACCCUGCUGCUGAGCCUGAGGGCCCUGGCCAGUUGCUCCUUGGGUCCCAAGGAGGGCAAGACGCCCACCCAGAGGCUGCUCACCGGAAUAUUUUGGACAAUUGGAACUGCCCGAAACGCACUGUUGGUCUGCGGAACUGCUGGCCUUGGCUAUUGGCUGUUCGUCAACGGGAAGGAGAACCUCGUGAGGACUGUGGGCUUCGUGCCCAAGGGACUCCCCUCCUUCCAGCCUCCUCCCUUCCACAUGGACGCCGUGGUGAACGAGACCACCGGGGAGGUGCUCCAGGAGGCCCAGAGCUUCUGGGACAUGGUCAGCACCUUGGGGUCAGGACUCAUUGUGGUUCCCCUCAUCGCUCUUCUGGAAACCAUGGCCGUUGUGCAGGCCUUUGCUGAUGGCAAGCCCACGGACGCCACUCAAGAGCUGAUUGCCUCUGGGGUCUGCAACGUGGCCAACUCCUUUGUCCAGGGCCUCCGCAGCAACGGAGGAAUCGCCAGGGCCAUUCUGAACGCCAGUGGAGUGAGGACCCAGCUGUCCAACCUGUACACCAGCGUGAUCGUGAUCGUGGCCCUGCUCUACCUCACGCCCUGCUUCUACUACAUUCCUAAGGCGGCGCUGGCCUCAAUUAUCAUUGCGGCGGUGAUCUUCAUGGUGCAGUACCGAGUCAUCAAGCCGAUGUGGCACAGUAAAAAAACCGAUCUCAUCCCCGGUCUGGGAGCCUUUUUCGCCUGUUUGGUCUUGCCCCUGCAACUGGGCAUCCUCGUGGGCAUCGGCAUCAACGUGGUCUUCAUUCUCUACCAGGCAGCCAGGCCGAAGCUGCGCAUCGAAACGCUGGCGACAACUUCUGGCCUGAAGUACCUCAUGCUCACCCCCGACCGCUGCCUGAUCUUCCCCUCGAUGGAGUUCGUGCGCAAGGUGAUCAACAAGCAGGGGGUCAAGUCCACCCUGCCAGUGGUGAUCGACUGCACCCACAUCUACGGAGCGGACUUCACGGCCGCCAAGGUUAUCUCCACGAUGGUCAUGGACUUCAAGCAGCGCGAGCAGCCGCUGUUCUUCUACAACCUGCAGCCCCGAGUGGCGCAGGUCUUCGAGGGACUCAACAAGGACCUGGUGGUCAUCUACGACAUCACCACGCUGCACGCCAAGCUGGCGGAGAAGUCUUCAGUCUGAGGGAUCCAAAGAAAUCCGAGGGAGAUCAACGCCGCCACCUCGUGCUUAGUCUAAUCUCGCUCUAAGUCUCUAAGUCUUUGUUUUGGUUUAGUCUCUGCUUUAGUAUUACCUUAGUUUGCCCGCCGAGGCCAGCGACUAAAAUCUAGGCUGCCCACGCUCAUCGCCUAAGUUGAAGGUACAAUUCCAUUUGGCAUGCCCACCUUAAUUAGCAUUUAAGUUGCGCCAAUUCUCCGCUUUCGCAGAUGUCUGCACGGUAUUUAUAUUUAUUUGGCCUCUGGCGAAACGCUGUGAAUUUCGUUGAGCGAAACAUUCGGAGCCAGAGUUCCUCCCACCCGCGAUUUGCCGCUGUGCAUAGUAUUAUUUACGAAUAGCAAAUAAAGAGUAGCAUAAGUACUUAAAUAAAUCAAGUAAAUACUAAA